AUGCGUUUCCAGUCGCUCUCCCUCCUUUCACUGGCUGUCCUCUUCGGCGCCGUCUUGGCCACUCCCCUCCCUAUGCCUAUCCCUGAGCAGCCGGUCGACGCCCGCGAGAUUCGCCAGGGCAACAGCGGACCGGCUCCUUGGUAA